CUGAGAGAAGCUGUGGCUCUCGCCGUAGGGUACAAUUACAAUAAGACUGUGGCUCUCGCCGUCGCCAUCAUUUCCUAUUCUCCCCAAACGUUCCCUUCCGCCCACGUCCCACUCCCGUUGACGCCCUCCCCUUCAACACUGCCAUCCAAACUACGACAAUAGCUGAGGAAGGGUCAAGGGCUUCUGUACUACUAGUAGUAUACUUAUUCGAAAACGGCUACCCAAAUCCAAGUCCAAGUCCAACAGCAAGCUGCAGCUCCACCUGUUCCUCCGCUGCUGUGGAGUGGGGUCGGUGAAUUUUGGGUCCGUUUCUGGUUGGAGUGAUUUGAUUUCUGUCUGGUGGGCGGCAAAAGGGGAAGAAGAAAACAAGAGGAAGAGGAGGUUUGUGUAUUGGCCAAGUUCGGAAGGACAAGGGAGGAGAGAUAGAGAGGAGCCAAAGGCGGGUGCUCUCUGAAGAAACUGCUAGAAAGGCUGGAGUGGAAGCUGCAAUAGUUUCAUCUUUGGGUAUAUAUAGAUGAAGAAACUAUUCUUUUUCCGGUCUUCCCCUAAUGAUGGAAGCAGCGGUACUGUUUCUCCAUCACCUAAGAAGGAGAAUCGACCUGGAAGUGAGCUGGUAGAUCACGUUGCUGAUAAGUCUGAGAGCAAUUUCAGGAGCCCGAAGAGUUUUUUUUCUAAGUCAAGGAAGCAAGUUUAUGAUAACCAAAGUCCCAGUUCCAAUCCCGGUCUUAGAAAGAGCCGCUCUUAUACAUCUGGAGCAUUUCUACUUGAUGAUGAUGGGCAAUCAAACUUCUCAGUUCCAGUCAAUCGAAGUAAAUCUCCUAGCAGUUAUUCUUCUCGUAGCAGUAGGCGUGCACUUACCCCUGUGAGGCAAGUUAGACCAGAGCAACAUGAAGUUCAUGGACGGGAGAGGCCUACUUCUGGUUCUACCAGUAGCAGUAAUGCUUCAACAAAGGUCUUGGAUCGCUAUAUUGAUGGAGAGGGACAAAUAGAAAGAAGCAAGCCGAAAAAAGUUUCUUCUCAAAGAUACGUUGGUACUGGGAGUGUGAAUCCAGGUGGGAGGCUUCCACCUCGAGUCCAAUAUACAGCCCCUACUUCACCAACACAUCCUGUCAGAGAUAAACCAAAGUCUCACUCUUUUAGGGAGUCUAAACGAACCCUUCCCCACUUCCCUUGCAAUGAUGACUGGAUGGAGAAUGAUUUUGGGCAUGGAUCACCUAGGAGACUUGCAAAAAAUGUUAUUGAGAGACUCGCCCAAGCUCACGGCUUCCCUAAAUCAAAUCCCAAGGAGGUUGAUUGUGGUGUUCCGAUCACCAUUGAGGAUAUUUAUGGUGGCUCACUAAGUAGACGUUUUGAAUCGAACCCAGAAGCCCAGGCUGUGAAAAGCUUCUCUUUCGAGGGUUCAUGUGAUGAUACUGUGAACAGGUAUCAUGAAGAUGAUUACUUGGGCUACCGGGAAGAUAUCUAUGGAGAAAAUGAUUUUAGGGAUAUAAAGUCUGUCAAAGGUGAUGCGGAUCCAGUUGAUUUGGAGCUGGAAAGAAGAUCAAAAGAAGCUGAGGAGAGGGUUGUUGUUUUGUCCGAAGAACUUGAGCAGGAAGGCUUUCUCCAGGAUCGUGGGUUUGAUAGUUCAUCAUUCAUCCACUUUGUCAGGAACCUAAUGGAGGACAGGGUAAGCAUGUCAAUUGAGAUCUCAGGGCUUCUCAAGUCUCGGAUUGAUGAGAGGGAUUCUGGCAAGGAAGAACUUAGGCUGGCGAAGGCAGAACUGGAGUCACGUAGUCUAAGACUGGAGAAGGAAAAGAAUGAACUGCAGUCAGCAUUGGAGAAAGAGUUAGACAGGAGGUCAAAUGACUGGUCAUCGAAACUUGAUAAGUGCCAGUUAGAGGAGCAGAGACUGCGUGAGAGGGUCAGAGAGCUUGCGGAGCAGAAUGUGUCUCUCCAGAGGGAAGUCUCUGCUUUUAGUCAAAGGGAGUCUGAAACGAAAAAUGUGCUGACUUAUUCAGAGCAACAAGUUAGGCAGCUGAAUUCAAGUAUGCAAGAGUUGACCCAGGAAAAUGAGCACUUACAGCAAACCUUAUCUGAGUUGCAGGAGAAGUACACAGCAGCUAGACAUGACUUAAGUUGUAUCAGGAGAAAUUUUGAAGCUAGGGAUAAGGAGUGCAAGGAGCUACAAAAGUCAACGACAAGGUUGUUGAGAACUUGCAGUGAACAGGAGAAGACAAUCAUUGGAUUGAGGGAUGAAUUUGGUGCUGAAAUGGAGAGGCAGCAAUCAGUGGACAAAUUUGAUAAUCACAUCACGAAGAUGCGAAUGGAACAAAUGAGGCUGGCCGGAGUAGAACUGUCACUUAGAAGGGAAGUGGAAUCUCACAGAAAUGAAGUAGACUCUCUGCGACAUGAGAAUAUGAAUCUACUGAAUAGAUUGAAGGGCAGUGGGAAUGAGAUUUAUGCAGCGACUCUCAAACUAGAUCAAGAGAUGGGGGGCCGUGUAUGUUGUCUGCAAAAUCAAGGAUUAUCUCUGCUGAAUGAGAGCACUGAAUUGUGUUCCAAGUUGUUGGAGCAAAUCAAAGGGAAUGCAGGCGAAUGUCUAGAAACAGCACAUCGGAUGGAGUUCAUCAGAAACGGUUUAGACGGGCAUUUCCUUGUCGAAUCGGAUGUCAAAGUUCAGGGCUUUAGACGUGGGAUUGAAAGCCUGGCAAGAGGUUUGCAGUCCGUUUCAUCUUUAUUGCAGGAAAAGUCUAAUUCUGUAGCUGCAUCGUGUCAGCAGCCAAAUCAUCCAACAUCAGAGGAGACAUUGAAGUUUGAACUAAAGACCGAGGCUUUGCUUACAAGCCUGCUAAGGGAGAAGCUUUAUGCUAAAGAGCUGGAAGUUGAGCAAUUGCAAGCUGAGAUAGCAGCGGCUGUGAGAGGCAAUGACAUCCUCCGCUAUGAAGUCCAAAAUGCUAUGGAUAACCUUUCAUGUGUCAGCCACCAGUUGAAAGACUUUGAGCUUCAGAUGUCAAAGAAAGAUGAGAACAUAAGUCAGCUUCAACAUGAUCUCCAAGAAUCAAUGAAGGAGCUAUCCCUGACAAAGGGGAUACUGCCACAAGUAACGCAGGAGAGAGAUAUAAUGUGGGAAGAAGUGAAGCAGUACAACGAGAAGAACAUGCUAUUGAACUCGGAGGUCGGUUUGUUGAAGAAGAAGCUAGAGGCUCUCGAUGAAGACGUACUUGUGAAGGAAGGUCAGAUCACUAUACUGAAAGACAGCUUGAGGAAGAGAACCUUUGACCUUCUCGCAGGGCCUGAUUCCACUGCAGAAUUCUUGUUAGAAUAGUUGUUUGCGCUUUCAUUGUUAGGAUGUUGUACAGGGGGGAACUGUGGUAUACUUACGGUAUACUUGGGGUGACGUUAGUGAAUAUUUUGGGGUCAGUAUGCCUCAUUUGCCCUGGGGAAAAAGAGCUUCUUGUUGAUAAUUUCUUCCAGUACAGGGUUUGUUUGCUUUAUCUUAUGUAGUGUUUUGGUUUUGUCUUCUCUGUUACAUAGUCGUAUAUAGGAUUUCUCAGGUCUCUGGAAAAUUACCAUCUUGUUUCAGUACAUCUCUUUUCCAUCUGAUAAAAGAAUUUACCGUUUCUACCAAGAAUACAUUAUCCUACAGGGCUGAAUGAACAGUUCAAGUGCAAGAUGAAGGCACCAGUCCUGGUAUUCUGGUGACGCUGAAGCAUUGUGGUGUGCAAGAUUGCUUCUAAACUGAAGAGUACAGAAGAAAACUUCGAUAAUGAUUGAGAUGGUCUUAUUUUUCCACAACAUCGAAGCAACCAAAAUCCUACGUUGUCUUCUCCUUGUCCAGAAUAACCCAAAUGUCUCAACAGAUCACAGAGG